AUGGGUUCUUUUCUUGUUCGAGGAUGGAUUGUGGCCGCAUUAUUUCUGCAAACCAGUCUUGCCACGACACUGAUUGCUGAGCCAACUGUGACACCCACCCCUACUGCUGUGGCGACGCAUCAUAACCAUAACCAUAACCACCAUCACCAUCACCAUUGGUCUUAUGUCCAUAGGCCUCUGCCUAGUCGCAAACCUUGCCCUGCUCGUUCUUCAUCCGCAGUGCUCGCCUCCAGCAUCGCCCCUACUUCAACUCCUUAUCUGAGUGGAGUUCCUAGUCCCUCGUCUCAGCCGUAUUGGAGCCAUACUCCUCGACCUCAGUCAUCGUCUGUGGCUAUUCAGACCCCUUCAGCCCCUGUUUCUACUCCUGUUCCUAGUCCAUCUAUCAUCGUGUCUGUAUCAGGAUCUCUUCCAACUGGAGUCGGAUCAUCAUCGUCACAGAUCAGCAUCUCAACGUCUGGCUCUGAUGAUAGCACUACAAUUGUCGCUUCUAUUCCCACAUCCACCCCAUCUGGGGCACUUCAGUCGAGUGUGGCCUCUGGUUCUUCUACAUUGGAGUUGACCACAUCAACGGUCUUUUCUACUCGCACGGCUACCAUCACUGCCUGCCCUACUACCGUCCCCAACUGCCCUGCCAGUUCAAAGACAACAUUUGUGACUACAGAGACAAUUCUGGUAUCCACCACAAUCUGCCCUGUCACCGAGACUGCCGGUCCUACCCAGACAGCAUCUGCUUCGCUAUCUGUCACUGGAGGUGCUGGUGAUAAUGGGAAUGGAAAUGGUGGCUCAGACCUCACAACUUCCACCGUCUAUAGCACUCGUACUGCUACCAUCACCGCAUGCCCAUCUUCAGUGACCAAUUGUCCCUUGAGAUCAAAGACCACAUACUUGACCACUGAGACCUUGGUUGUCUCCACGACGGUCUGUCCCGUGGCAGAUGCUACAGGUACCAAUGUCGCUGUCGCUACCAAGCAUACUGCACCUCCUUCUGUCACUGGAGCAAUUGGAGGUGGCGAUAAUGGCGCUCCCAAGCUGACCACAUCUACUAUCUUUGCUACUCGCACGGCCACCGUCUUUGCCUGCCCUGAAUCUGUGACCGAUUGUCCCCUGAGAUCAAAGACCUCUCACGCAACCACCCAGACAUUCGCUGUCGCAACUACUGUCUACCCAGUCUACCCAGUCUACCCAGUCUACACAUCUGUCCCAGCUGAAGAUGUUGACACAACCACUGUCCCUGUGACUGUUGCAAGCCCUCAAGCUACUGGUGUUACUCCUGGAUCUCAAUCUGGCUCUGGGGGUGUAGGAUCAGGCUCAGACUCAGGCACAGCCCACACUACGACCAUCGUCGUCGAAUCUUGCUCCGAUGAUGAUACCUGUACCGGGUACACAAACACUAUUGUGGUGACCCAGAUAAACACCGCCGAGUCCACCGCGGCUCCCGCUCUGCACACCCCAUACCGGGCCUCUGGGGCUGGAGCUAGUGGUGCUGUCUCUGCCUCCUCGACUCAUUCGUGGUUCCCUAGCAGCCACCCCAGUGGACUGGCCACGGCUACUGUUUCGACUGCGACAAGUGCAGUGACUCCGGUGUACACUGGGGCUGCAUCUGUCGGCACUCAAUCUUCGAUGAUGCAGGUUGUUGGUACUAUGAUGGUGAUUCUGCUGGCGAUCUAUAUUUAG